AACCCUUUCGUUCUCCACAAGAAAACUAAACCAAAUACAAAACAAAACGCAUUUUAUACAAACUUUCCCAUAUUCUUUCGAAACAAGUCAUAUAAACUCUUCCUUUUUGUUUGAUUUCAUUGUUUUGAAUCAAUGAUGAUGAUGAUGAUGAGGCAUGGUGGCAAUGGUGCUAGGAACACUGCAAUGUUUUUAGCAAAGAAAGGUUUACUAGGUGGUGAAGUUGCUGCUCCAAACAAAUGGGGUUCUUUGGUUUUGAGGAAUGGUAGUACUCUUGCUGCUAAUUUGUCAGAUCAGAAGGAGAAUAAUAACCAUCUUGAGAAGAUGAAAUCAUCUUCUCAAGGUAGUGCUGGUGCUAAUGGUGGAAACAAAGAUGAAAAGGGAAUAAUGAGCUAUUGGGGUAUUCAGCCCUCAAAGAUCACAAAACAAGAUGGUACUGAAUGGAAGUGGAAUUGCUUCAGGCCAUGGGAGACAUACAAAGCAGAUGUUACAAUUGAUCUGACCAAACAUCAUGCACCAACAACUUUUCUGGACAAAAUGGCUUAUUGGACUGUUAAGAGUCUUAGGUACCCUACAGAUCUCUUUUUCCAGAGAAGGUAUGGAUGCCGAGCAAUGAUGCUUGAGACGGUUGCCGCUGUUCCUGGCAUGGUGGGAGGAAUGCUACUUCACUGCAAAUCGUUGCGCCGAUUCGAGCAAAGUGGUGGAUGGAUCAAGGCAUUGCUAGAAGAAGCCGAGAACGAGCGGAUGCAUCUGAUGACAUUCAUGGAAGUAGCGAAACCGAGGUGGUAUGAGCGUGCUCUUGUCAUAACUGUGCAAGGUGUUUUCUUUAAUGCUUAUUUCUUAGGCUAUUUGGUGUCGCCGAAAUUUGCUCACCGUAUGGUUGGUUACCUUGAGGAAGAAGCUAUUCAUUCUUAUACUGAGUUUCUGAAGGAGCUUGAUAAAGGGAAUAUAGAAAAUGUUCCUGCUCCAGCUAUUGCUAUUGACUAUUGGCAGCUUCCACCAAACUCUACUUUGAGGGAUGUUGUUAUGGUUGUCAGAGCUGAUGAAGCACAUCAUCGCGAUGUCAACCACUUUGCAUCAGAUAUACAUUACCAGGGAAGGGAAUUAAGAGAAGCUGCUGCUCCAAUUGGUUAUCACUAGAGUCCAUUCUGCUGGUCUAUUUUGGUGGUGAACUGUCAAAGUUAAGACUCAAAUUCUGAAGUCAUUUUGGCUAUAAAAAGGAAAUAAAGUAUUUGGUGACAAUUAGUAUUAGUUGUUAUUGAUUUGUCUAAUGAUGGCAAUGUAAAAAACAGGGUGGUAUGGAAUCUUUAUUUGUUUGAA